ACCAAAACAGGCAGGCCAAACACAUUGCUCGAUGCAAAUCUGUCUGCACACCGGUAUACACACACAUACAAACCAACAGACAGACAGACAUGCACACCACUCAGCCAACCGAUGAUCCCACCCACUCAGCCAGCCAGCCGUGCGAUCGUGUCGGUCCCCUCCCUCCCUCUCUCCCCACAGUCCAUGUGUUUAGCUACCAGACGACCCACCGACCGACACACUCACUAUUCGCCGCCCACGUCUGUGGUGCUGACGGCCAUGACGCCCUCCUCGUGUGUUGGCGGGGGCGGCGGGGGCGAUGUCUGCACGCUCUUGUCCGACGCCCAUGGCCGACCAUCUAGCUGGUGGCCGAAAACCCUCUGUCUGUCGGCCCCCAGCACCCGCCACACCACCCUCACUGUCUGGGGGAACCUCGCGGUGCCCAUCGUGCCCGCCACAGGAGGCUCCGUCGUGUAGAGGUAGACCUCUGCCUCUCUCGGCCUCCCUAUGCUGGGCGGCCUGCAGAUGAUGUAGAGGUGGGCCUGGAACUGGUGCCCUUGCUGAUCGCCGUGCAGCACGAUGAUGCGGCGCGAGGUUCCGUUCGUCGCACAGCUGGUGCUGAUGGUGUGGCAGUUCCAGACGGGGGGCGGCUGCGUGGCUAGAGACUCCUGCAGAGAAAGGGAGAGGCCAUGAGUCAGCGGGGCAAAUGGAGAGGCGCUUGUGUGUGUGACUGUGACUGACCAGAAGGUCGUAGCGUCGGGCAUUGCUGUGCUGGUCGGCAUGCUGCACCGCGACCUCCGAACCUCCGGACCGCAUCCUGAUCAAACAGAAAUCACGGGAGAGCGACGCAGCCAAUGUGCAGAAAGCUGUAUGUAUUGUAAUUUUUCCUCACUUUUGCAGCACAGAGUCGCGGACUGAAGCAUACACAGUACCUGCAAAUCGACACACACACAACAGCCAAACACACAACAGCCAAAAUGAUCCAUUGCCUAUAGCCCUUCCCCCCCUCCAUCACCUCGACGGACACACACGGGGUUGUUUGGGUCGGGGUCAGAUCUAAGUCUAUCGCGGAGGUCCAUGUAGCCCGGCAGAUGCACCAAAAUGCUCCCGGGGGUGUCCCAGAUGGACUGUGGUGUCUGCAGUGGGCGAAGGGUCAGAAGAUGCCCGCCCAGCCGCUCCCGGCCAUUGUCGUCGCGCUUGAGCGCCAUGCGGCCGAGGUGGCGGCCGAUGAGCGACAGCUGCCGGAGCGCCUCACACCGCCCGUCGUACACCGCCCGGCUGCCCACCGCCUCCACAUCGCCACUGGUCAGCUCUAUCGGCAACUGCCUCCCUCCUCCCCGCCCCUGAUGCUUUGCCACCCUGAUGAUCGGCACCAUCGCCGCCCACUUACCGCUGUUCUGCAGGGCGUACAGCAGCCGCUGGAGGAAAUCCAUUGACGCCAGCUGAAAGGUGAUGAUGUCCUUGAGGCCCUUGCUGGUCAGCUGCGUGUGGAUCAGCGAUUCGAGGAGGUCUGCAGAGACCCGAUCUCGGCCAGGGCGGCAUGUGCCGCGCGUGUGGGCGAGGCUGACAGCAAGGUCGUUGCCGAGGAGGGGCCACAGGAUGUCCCUCUCGACCUCCUGCGGCAGCUGGAACAGGCGAGGCUGAUGGCUGGCCUGAACAACGAGGCAACCAAGGGAGAGGAGGGAGGCACUGUGGGAGACGGUUUAUUCGUGUGUCUGUCUGUGGCUGCUCAAGUACUUACCACCUUGGUGCUGCCGUCAUCCUGAUCUACAGGCUGCUCCACAGGCGCCUUCUCAACCAAACUGAAACCGUCAUGCACUUGGAGGGCACACACACAGCAAGCACACAGGAUCAUUCAAUCAGUGUGCGUCUACCUACCUGUUGGCGAUGCGGCGAUGUCUUGGCCUGGUGCGGCACCACCACACGAAACUCCUCUCUCCCCGCUACUUCCCUCAUAGACACCGCCGUCGCCCCGCUGGUCUCCUCCUCAGUGCGAUACACGACGGCCUUGACCCACUCCUGUUUGCCCUUCUCCCGCCCGUCCGUCACCAUCCACACACGCGUGCCCUUCUUGUAGCGCUCGUGGGAUGACGCCACAACCUGAUGGAUGGAUGGAUGACACGGACAAACCAGUCGACUGAGUGAAUGAGUGGAUGAGGCACAUGGACCUGUGGCUGCGGCAAGUCGGCGGCAGCGGCUGACGAUGAGGCUGCAGCUGCCAUGGCGCCGCGCCGGCCAAACACCCCUGCAGAGGCACACAGUGCAUCCCAUGCAUCCCUUAACGUACCCCUUCAGCCAUUCUUCUCCAUCUUCGCAUGCUCACCGACUUAGUGUGGGUAUGGUCCCUCAGUUGAGGCUUCUCAUCGUCGCACAGCACUCACAGUGAAAGCACUGAGCGCCAAACAAGCUGCACAGCUACGUUCGCUGGAGACG